UUCCUGAACAAAGCUUCUGAAGAUGAGGAACGGGCAAAACCGCCCCGUACGGAACGGCGCAGCCUCGGGAGCCCGGUGUGGUGCUCGCGGAUAGGAAGCGGGAGAGUUUGCCAUAUGGAUGUGACAGCGGUUCCCAUUAAGCGGUGAUGGUGGUUUUGGGACCUGAUAAUCGAGCUGGCAGUCAGAGGCGGGAUGUGUGCAGUGAAGGAUCUGUUUUGAUACCCCCAUAUAAAAUAAUCUGUCUGUCAUGGGAGCCCCCAUGUCCUCUGAAAUAGUUCAACUCUGUCUGCAUGACUUGUCCUGGGACUGAGGAAAGUUUACCAGUCAUCUGGCCCUUUGGAAGAGAGCAGAAAAUGAUGAAGUCCCAGGGGUUAGUAUCAUUCAAGGAUGUGGCUGUGGAUUUCACCCAGGAGGAGUGGCAGCAACUUGACCCUUCUCAGAGGACCCUGUACAGGGAUGUGAUGCUGGAGAACUACAGCCACCUGGUCUCAAUGGGGUAUCCAGUUUCCAAACCAGAUGUCAUCUCCAAGUUGGAACAAGGAGAAGAGCCAUGGAUCAUAAAGGGAGACAUAUCAAAUUGGAUCUAUCCAGAUGAAUAUCAGGCAGAUGGGAGACAAGGGAAGUGAAAUAUCAAUUUAUGUGUGUUUUUUUAAUUGAUUGGUGCCUGAGGUUUAUGUUUCUAUCCUUAUUGAAAUCUAUUCUUUGCCUCUAUGCUGAGAAUUUAGUAGUCACUCAACAAGUAAUUGUGAAGCCUUUCAGAGUUCUAUUUUUUGUUGUUCUGUCUCGUGUGUGUGUGUGUAUAUAUAUAUAUAUAUAUAUUUAUAUUUAUUGUCUUUCCUGAAAGGGUUUUAAAGGCAAUAGAAGAUAAAUUCCUUUCAAGAACAUAAGCUGUACUUUAAAAGGCAAUAUUCCCAGAUAAAUGACUGCAUUAAAUUAAAUGUCAAAUACAGUUACUGUUUUGAAAGUUCAGAGAAAAUUAGAGUCUAAAGAGAUGUGAGAGUAUUUGAGAAACAUUUUUCAGAGCAUGCAACUGUAACUGCUCUGAAUGACAUAAAUGCUGAUGAGGCUGAAGGAGGGUGAAGGCAAGCAAACAGUGUUGGAGAGAGAGUAUAUGAACAAAAACCUUAGGGUCAGGAAGAUACAGCUUUUCUGGGAGAACUUUACUAGUUUUACUUGACAUGUAUAGAAAGUAGUUUAUUGGGAGUAGUGGAAUUUACAUCUGUAUUCUCAGUUUGACUCUGAUACUGAAUCUGUAGCAGGAUAUUGGAUCUUUCUAUUAUUUGUGUUAGUUGUUAGGAAAAUAGAUGGAGGAGAGUUAUUUUGCCUAUAGAAGAUACCUUGUUUCUUUAGAGUGAUGGUAGGAUAAUAAGAAUGUGUAGCACAUGGUUUAUAAUAUAAAUGAAAUUAAAAGAUGAAAAGGGGUUUCUAUUCAGAAAGCAGAAGUGAAAUAUUCUAGAAGAAUAAUAAAAAAUUAGUGAUGAGACCCCACUUUUUCAUCUAAGUUUAGUUUUUACAUGAAUAUUUCUGUUUAACAUUCUUGUCUAUCUAUUCACCUGAUAACACUAUCUGCUGUACUGUCUUCUGAGAUGACCUGUUUCCAUCCUUUUUUUGUGAGUUCAUCUACCAUGUUCAAUCAUCCAUUUGUUCUACUUCUUUACCCUCUGUCAAUUGACUCUUGUGAUGACUCUUAAAUUGUAUCUUUUCUUCUUUUAGACAGGAAGAGUAAGCUUCACAACUCCCAGGCCUGUAUUUUGGGGACAGUUUCCUUCCAUCAUAAGAUAUUGAAAGGAGUCACAAGGGAUGGUUCAUUGUGCUCCAUUUUAAAAGUCUGUCAAGGUGAUGGUCAGCUGCAGAGAUUUCUAGAUAAUCAAGACAAACUCUUCAGGCAGGUCACAUUUGUUAACAGCAAAACAGUGACUGAGGCAUCAGGGCAUAAAUAUAAUCCAUUGGGGAAAAUAUUUCAAGAGUGCAUAGAAACUGAUACAUCAAUACAGAGAUUCCAUAAAUAUGAUGCUUUUAAAAAGAACUUAAAACCAAAUGUUGACCUACCAAGUUGUUAUAAGAGCAAUUCAAGAAAAAAACCUGAUCAGAGUUUUGGAGGUGGAAAAUCAUCUAGCCAGAGUGAGCCCAAUUCUAAUCUUGAGAAGAUUCACAAUGGAGUAAUACCUUUUGAUGAUAAUCAGUGUGUAAACGUUUUUAGAAAUACACAAUCCCUUAUUCAAUAUCAGAAUGUGGAAACUAAAGAGAAAAGCUGUGUAUGCGUUACAUGUGGAAAAGCCUUUGCUAAGAAGUCACAACUCAUUGUACAUCAAAGAAUUCAUACUGGAAAGAAACCAUAUGAUUGUGGUGCAUGCGGAAAAGCCUUCAGUGAGAAGUUUCAUCUUGUUGUACAUCAGAGAACUCAUACUGGGGAGAAACCUUAUGAUUGUUCUGAAUGUGGAAAAGCCUUCUCUCAGAAAUCAUCCCUUAUUAUACAUCAGAGAGUUCACACUGGGGAAAAACCCUAUGAAUGUAGUGAAUGUGGGAAAGCCUUCUCCCAGAAAUCACCCCUCAUUAUACAUCAGAGAAUACAUACUGGGGAAAAACCCUAUGAAUGUAGAGAGUGUGGGAAGGCCUUUUCCCAGAAGUCACAGCUGAUUAUACACCACAGAGCUCAUACUGGAGAGAAACCAUAUGAGUGUACUGAAUGUGGGAAAGCCUUCUGUGAGAAGUCCCACCUCAUUAUACAUAAAAGAAUUCACACUGGUGAGAAACCCUACAAAUGUGCUCAAUGUGAGGAAGCCUUCAGCAGGAAGACAGAACUCAUUACACAUCAGUUAGUUCAUACUGGGGAAAAACCUUAUGAAUGUACUGAAUGUGGAAAGACAUUCUCCCGCAAGUCACAGCUCAUCAUACACCAGAGAACACAUACUGGAGAAAAACCCUAUAAAUGUAGUGAAUGUGGCAAAGCCUUCUGCCAGAAGUCACAUCUGAUUGGACAUCAGAGAAUCCACACAGGAGAAAAACCUUAUAUAUGUACUGAAUGUGGGAAAGCCUUCUCUCAGAAGUCCCACCUUCCGGGACACCAACGAAUUCAUACAGGAGAGAAACCUUACAUAUGUGCUGAAUGUGGAAAGGCCUUUUCUCAGAAGUCAGACCUUGUUUUACAUCAGAGGAUUCAUACUGGGGAAAGACCCUAUCAAUGUGCUAUAUGUGGGAAGGCCUUCAUCCAGAAGUCACAACUAACUGUACACCAGAGAAUUCACACAGUGGUAAAAUCAUAAUGAACUGGCCACAGAAAAGCCUUAGUAUUAGCUCAAGCCUUAAUAAUUACUAGAAACCCAAUUAAUUUGAUAAGCUUGGGGACAACAUCCCAAUAGAUAAAAAUUUUUAAGGGAAUUUGUUUCUAGUUUGGUGAUGCCUAACUUUUCCAGCAAAGAUGAUGGAAAAUAGUUAUAUAAAUGAACAUUUUUAAUAUGGCAUGUAAAGCUUUUAAAGUUAUGAACUCAGUGAUCAGCACAGCAAGUUAAGCAUACAGAAUAUUGUCAAGUUGCAUAUUCCUUAUACUACAUAAUGAUAAUCAGCCAUUGUGAAACUGCUAAUAUUAGCUUGUCAUAAUUAUGGCCAUAAAGUAAUUUUUCUAUAAAAGACAUGGAAGAAAGCUUGAGUAAACAACAAAAUAAAACCUAUACACUAUUUUAAGAAGGAGCUUGAGCAGGACCCCUAAAGCUACAUGUAAAGUUCUUGUACAAAAAAUGGAAUGAUGGGUUGAUCAGAUUCAGUAAAGUUGAUCAGUAUGCAUUUUCCCAUCUCAAGCAUAUAGGUUGACCUGCAUCUCUGGAAGGACCUUGAGAUUGAUGCAUUUUGAGCAGGUCUCCCUUUUACUCUUCCCAACUGGGAACUUGGAGCUGAAAACCAUUGGCACUGAGGCCAGAUGGUCUUGGGUUUAAUCCUGGCUCAGUGCCUCACAGAUUGUGUGACUUUAGGCAAACAUACUUCCCCUAUCUGAGUAUUUUUUUAUCAGUAAGUACAAAUACAAUGCAGAGCUCAUUUUCAGUUAAUAUUAGUACUUUUUAAAUCUUUACUCUCUAUCUUGAAGCAUUAGAUGUUAAGACUAAUGUGUAAAAACCAUGUCUGAACUUGCUUUUCCCUCUGGACACUCUGCUUUUGAUUGCCUGUCCCUAUAAGUGGCUCAUUUUACUGUCUUCUGAUCCUGGUGGCCUUAUUUUUGCUAUGUUAAGGUUAUGUUUUUUAAUACUUGCAUUUAUUUUCAUAUACUUCUAUAAACCAUGGUGAUUGCACAUAAAGACCCUG